AUGGCAAGUAAGUCUAAUCAGUCACCUUCAAAAGCUAGAACUACAAUUGUUCAACUCAUAUCAACAGCCAAAACUGGCUAUCGUAGGACUCUAGUUGUCCCAAGAACUGCAAAGGAAGUUACUCAGGUUAGAUAUGAUCCAAUAGCGCAAAGGCAUGUUAUGUUUGUGGAAUCAAGAAAGAGAAGAGGUGCCAUUCCUGUGAAACCUUUGGAUUUCUCACGAGGAGCCUUUGACUGGAAGAAAAAGAGAUGA